AAUUCGCGGGCGAAUUCGAACACGCUUCUUUUCGUUUUUUUUUUGCGCGCACACCACCACCCAAUACAGCCCGCCCCACGCACAGCUUUGACGAUGGAUGGGGAAGCGACGUUUGAUAAGCGGAAGCGGCGAGGAGGGAGGAGGAGCAGGCGACGCAGGCGACGCAGCUCGCAAGUAGGGGAGGGAGAUGAAGCGUCAGCGCCGCCGACGCAACCUUUUGAAGCCGUGGAAGAAGCAAGCGACAAGCGCGCAACCUGCAGUGGGAACGCGGACAGCACCGGCACAGAAACCAACACCGCAGUGCCAACGCCGCCAGCCGCUGAACAGGGUGCCAAGCGACGAGCAAGCGAGGGCGCAAGCACCGCCCCCAAUGACGUUGUCAUUAUCGUAGAUGACGGGGAUCCACAACCCACCUCACCCUCACUGCCAAACGUCAAGCCGUUCAAAAAGGCGCGCACGCUGCCCUCCAGCCUGCUUCGGGCACCAAGCAACACCAACGGCAGUGGCGUGAGCGGCAGGGACGGCCCUUCCCAACAGCCAAGCGACGCUGAUUCCCCGUCGCAGCUCAGCCUUGACCAGCACCGCCUCAUCGCCAACAAACGGCGCGAGGCGCUUCGCCGCAAACGGGAAGCGCAGCGGCAGCGGUGGCGGGAGCAAGGCAUGAAGGCGUUAAAGGAGUCUGGUUUGCUGUCAGUACAGCAGCAGAAGCAGACAGAGCGAGACAUGGCGCGUGCCGCAUACCACAACGACAACAGCAACAACAGCAACGACAACAGCAACAACAACAACAACAAUACCAGCAGUACGGACCCUGCGAAUGCUAAGGCAACAACAGCAGCCGCCGCAACCGCAGCAGCCGCAACACAGGAUGGUCAGGAUGUAGCAGAACCCCAACACGAUCAACAACAGCAACAGCAGCAACAGCAACAGCCAUCCCCCUCGUCAUCGCCGAGAAAGCAGACGGACUUGUGGGUGAUUGGACCAAACACAUCACCGCAGCACAACCGGCGUCUCCGAGAACAGCAAAUCCUCAACGAGCAGCGGCAGGAACGGUGGGCCUACAGCACACACGUGCACGGCGAGCCGUAUGCCAACAACCACCACCACGACAGCACCCCGUGGUACGCACUGCAACGAGAGGCAGCCGAUCUCAACCCGCCAUCCAACACAGAUUACUGUGGUGAUGGUGGAGGUGGUCGUGGUGAUGGCAUAGGUGAUGGACGCGGGCGUGUGUCGCCGCCGCCACCGCCAGCAACGCCGUCCUCGGGGCCAAUGUGGAUGUCAGCGCGCGCACUGCUGGCAAAGAUGCACUCGCCUUCACCACCGCCAUCACCGUCAACACAGUCGCUGUCAACGGCAACAACACCGCGGCACGAGCCACUGGCACGGAUGCUGAACACAUCCACAGCCAGCGGCGAAGCAGCAGCCAAGCAAUCCCGACAGCUGUUCAAACAGACCCAACAGCAACAUCAACAGACCCAACAGCAACCACAACAGCAACAAGAUCAAGCAAAAGCACCAUCCUCAUCAUCGUCAUCAUCGUCGUCGUCGUCGAUGAAGCCUGUGGAGAUGCGAGAGCAGCUGACGGAGGUGCCGAUGGUGCUGGCACGUGAGCAACUGAACGCCAUUCGCGCUGCGGAGAACGGACACAACAUCUUUCUCACGGGGUCGGCCGGUGUGGGCAAGUCGUUUACGCUCAAGAAGAUAAUCACGCGUCUUGCGCAGCUGAACAAGCGCGUCUACGUCACCGCUACCACCGGCAUCGCUGCCAUCAAUUUGGAAGCGCAAGCAACCACCAUCCACAGCUUCAGCGGGAUUCGGCUUGGGCACGAGCCGGCCUGGAUGCUGAUCAAUCGUAUCUCCUCCCUCACAAAGAAGAAUCAGCCCGGGUUUCGGUGGCAGCGAUGCGACGUGCUUGUGAUUGACGAAAUCAGCAUGCUCAGCGCAAGUGUGUUUUCAAAGCUGGAUGCGGUUGGGCGCGCGUUACGCAGGCGGAAGGAUCUUCCGUUUGGAGGACUGCAACUCAUCGUGUGUGGAGACUUUUUCCAGCUGCCACCGGUUCCUGGCAUCGUCCCAUGCCCAGAGUGCGGGAAUCGGGAUCCAAAGCACCGCAUUUUUAAGAAGAGCGCCGACGGACGAAAGUUGAUUGAAUGUUUGUACGAGUAUGGGAGUGAUCCCAACACGUCCUCUGGUCGCUCGUCCAAACAUACGCAGAAACGGAAGAACAAAGGACAGCAGACACACGGGAAGUCCAUGCGUGUGUGCCGCUGUGUUUUCGAUGGCGAAACGCGUUAUGCAUUUGAGCCGGAUCCUCUCGGCAACAACGUUUGGAGCGAAUGCAACUUUCAAGUCCACCACCUCGUCAAGGUGUACCGCCAAUCGGACAAAUCCUUCAUUUCGGCGCUACAGAAAGUUCGGUGGGGCCGCGUUGAUGACGACGUGAAAGCUGUUCUCGCCGCUGCUCAGCGCCAGCUCAGCUUGGCCGACAACAUCGUCCCCACCCGCCUCUACGGCCAGAACCGCGAGGUUGGGGCACAGGUCAUGCUGUUACGCAAUCUGGACACGGCUGCCGGUCUCUGCAACGGAUCGCGCGGUGUUGUCGUCGACUUUGUCACCAUCGAUCGCGCCCUGGACAUGCACGAGUUUCAGCGAAAUUCAGACGCCUCCCCUGCGGUGAUCCGGGCGUGGAUGCAGCAGCAGGAGCGCUUGCCUGUCGUCAUCUUCGAGAACAGUCGGCUGCGGACAAUUUAUCCGUGUCUUUAUUCGCGGGAACUGGAUCGCGCCACCGCUGGUCGGUAUCAGAUUCCGCUUCGUCUCGCAUGGGCCAUGACCAUUCACAAGUGCCAGGGAAUGUCCCUCGACAAGGUUGAGAUUUCACUGGACCACUCGUUUGCGUCUGGCCAGGCCUACGUCGCGCUCUCGCGUGCUCGCUCCCUCUCGGGACUACAGUUGACAGUGUUUGACACGAACGUGAUCAGCGCUGAUCCCGUUGUGUUUGAGUUUUACGAAGCGAUCAAAUGCAAGCAGACCAACGGUCGUGAUGGUGGUGGUGGUGAUGAUGAUGUUGAUGAUGAUGGUGACAGCACGGCGAAGGCGAAGAAGAAGAUGAUGAUGAAAAAGGGAACAAGCACGUGCGGUGUGGUGAAGAAAGAGGAAGAGGAGGAUGUUAAUGGUGGAGAUGGUAGUGGCGCACGCGUUGUGCCUGCAGGCAAGACAGCCAAGACACUAUUGCAGCUUGAGCCGAAGAAGGAGGAAGGGGACGACAUUACGACACUCGAAGAUGUCACGCGCACGGACAACCACAAGGAUGAUGAUGAUAAUAAUAAUGACGACGACGACGACGACGAUGAUGAUGAUUCUGACUGUGAGGUCUUGAGUGUUAUUGAGGGCGCGUGUCGUGCGUGUGGGAUUGACACCGCCAGCAAAACCACCAGCAGCACGUGCAGCAACACGAGCGUUGGAGAGGAUGUCAAGCAGCUGCUGCGCGAUGCUGCUGCUGCAUUUGUUUCGUCCAGCACCACAUUGCCAUCGCAGGACGCCUUUCUUGAGCUUGCACGGGAAGCGUUUGCAGAUGCCAAGAAAAAGACAUGAGCUUCGAGUGAACGCUUGUGUGUGUGUGUGUGUGUGUGUUCGUUGAUUUCAGUCAUUUAAUUCUACUAACAGCAUUGGAUAACAGCGUGUCAUUCGCGCUCAUACAUUGCCAGAGUGUGUCUCGGUCAUUGUGCUUGUGCUCCACGGUUACACCGUCG